AUGGAUAUCAGCAUGCCGGUUCUAGAUGGUCUCGAGGCGACAUCCCAGAUCCGGAGUAUGAAGAUCGAUGUGCCUAUCAUUGCGCUCACUGGCAAUGCUUUGAAAGGCGACGCUGAAACUUAUCUGGCCAAAGGUGCUUUGGAAAUGGCUAGGUACAUGAGGACCGAGUCAUUCACCGAGAGAUUCAACUACGGCGUGAAUACGCCAGCUUUUUAG